CGAGCCAUGAUGAAGACCUUGUCCAGCGGGAACUGCACGCUUAGUGUGCCUGCUAAGAACUCCUACCGCAUGGUGGUGCUGGGCGCCUCGAGGGUGGGCAAGAGCUCCAUCGUCUCACGCUUCCUCAAUGGCCGCUUCGAGGACCAGUACACGCCCACCAUCGAGGACUUCCAUCGCAAGGUGUACAACAUCCGUGGCGACAUGUACCAACUUGACAUCCUGGAUACCUCGGGCAACCACCCUUUUCCCGCCAUGCGCAGGCUCUCCAUCCUCACAGGCGACGUCUUCAUCCUGGUGUUCAGCCUGGAUAACCGGGAGUCCUUUGACGAAGUCAAGCGCCUCCAGAAGCAGAUCCUGGAGGUCAAGUCCUGCCUGAAGAACAAGACCAAGGAGGCGGCAGAGCUGCCCAUGGUCAUCUGCGGCAACAAGAAUGACCAUGGCGAGCUGUGCCGCCAGGUGCCAGCCACCGAGGCUGAGCUGCUGGUGUCAGGAGAUGAGAACUGUGCCUACUUCGAAGUGUCGGCCAAGAAGAACACCAAUGUAGACGAGAUGUUCUAUGUGCUCUUCAGCAUGGCCAAGCUGCCACACGAGAUGAGCCCCGCCCUGCACCGCAAGAUCUCCGUGCAGUACGGCGACGCCUUCCACCCCAGGCCCUUCUGCAUGCGCCGCGUCAAGGAGAUGGAUGCCUAUGGCAUGGUCUCGCCCUUCGCCCGCCGCCCCAGCGUCAACAGUGACCUCAAGUAUAUCAAGGCCAAGGUCCUUCGGGAGGGCCAAGCUCGCGAGAGGGACAAAUGCACCAUCCAGUGA